AUGCACAUUGUCGCGGUGCUCGUGGCCGCGUGUGUGCUCCCGCUCGUCGGAGCCAUCAGCCUAGACACCAACAACGUGACCAGCAUCAAGAACGCCGCGGCGCUUAUUGCCGACGGGCUCCUAGACUACUACGAGGGCACCACCUACGGCGGCACGGUGGGCAUGUUCACGUCGCCCUACUACUGGUGGGAGGCCGGCGGCGCGUGGGGCUCGCUCAUCGACUACACGUACUACAUGGAAAACGACACCUACGUGGACUUGAUCAAGACCGCCCUCACGUACCAGGUGGGCGACGACUACAACUACAUCCCCUUGAACCAGUCCACCACCGAGGGCAACGACGACCAGGCGUUCUGGGGCAUCGCCGUCAUGGCCGCCGCGGAGAAGAACUUCUCCAAUCCCGACGACCCGGAGUUGGCGUGGCUCGCGUUGGCACAGGCCGUGUUCAACACCAUGAGCGCCCGCUGGGACUACGACGACUGCGCGGGCGGGCUCCGCUGGCAGAUCUUCCAGUGGAACUCGGGCUACGACUACAAGAACUCGGUGCUGAACGGCGCGUUGUUCCACUUGGCUGCGCGCUUGGCGCGCUACACCAGCAACGACUCGUACGUGGAGUGGGCCGAGCGCGUGUUCGACUGGAUGUACGGCGUGGGCUUGUUGACCGAGGGCGACUGGUGGUUCAUCUACGACGGCGUCAACAUCGACGACAACUGCUCCGACAUCACCAAGUUGCAGUGGACAUACAACCAGGGGCUCAUGUUGGCCGGUUGCGCGUACAUGUACAACUACACCUUGGAGGAAAAGUGGCUUAACCGCACCACGAGCAUCUUGCAUGCCGCGCAGGUCUUCUUCUACGAGAAGUCCGCGGACGCCGUGAUCAUGUACGAGGCUGCGUGCCAGCUGCCCACGUCCGACGCGUUUUCGUGCAACACGGACCAGCGCUCGUUCAAGGCGUACUUCUCGCGCUUCUUGGGCUUGACGUCCGUGCUCGUGCCCCAGACCUAUGACACGAUCCGCGCGUACAUCCAGGACUCCGCGAACGCCGCGGCGUGGUCUGCGUGCACGGGCGGCUCUGACGGCCACACCUGCGGGCUCUCAUGGACCAACUCCACCUGGGACGGUGUCUACGGGCUCGGCGAGCAAAUGUGUGCGUUGGAGGUGAUCCAGAACUUGCGCGUCGCCGACUUGCCCGGGCCUUUGACGGCAGACACGGGCGGCACGUCCAUCGGCAACCCCGCCGCGGGGUAUAGCCAGACAGAGACCGCCGCAUCGCCGCUCGACUUGUCUGCCAAAGACACGGCAGGGGCUAGCAUCAUCACCGCUGUCGUUGGUGUCGCCAUCAUAGGCACCGCCGUGUGGUUGGUGAUUUAG